UAUAAAUACAGGGCCAUGGAGACACACUGGAGUAAUCCCACUGUAUGCAGCCUCAGACUCCUGCUCACAAAAGCCACAAACCGAGACAGACUCAAACACACAGUCUGUUUGGUGUGUGUAGGGUCUGGCUCCAGGGCUUCCCUUGUGCUCCCAUGCGGAGAGGACCCCCCAGGGGAGCUGACGCCAGCUGAGACUGAAAAACAAGGGUCUAAGAUCCGUUGCAUCAUGGUGGAGGAGAAGCUGGAGACGGAUGGCCCCAGGUCUUCUAUGCCGGCUGAGCUCCACCAUCCCCAGUCUCAGUACUCCCAGUGGAAGUUUAAACUGUUUAGGGUGAGGUCCAUGGAGAAGGUCCCUAUGCCCAGUGAGAUACAGCCUGAGAAAGAUGUCUCAUUAGAGAACUCACCUCCUGCAGUUUCAAAAAUAGAGUUAGAUAAUGGUGGGGGUCCAGGGAGUGUUAUGAAAUUGUGCCUUGGGGGGAAAAGCAAGGAAAAUGUGGAGGGCCCAGGUCGAAGGGUAGAUGAGAAGCUGGAGGAAAUGGAAACUCACAUGAACCACCUCAGGUGUCUCUGUCGUCUCUGUGGAAUCGCCUUGAGGAAAGUUAAAGGACCAGUGCAUGAAGUUCAUGGGGAUCUGGAUGAUGCAACUAAAGGUGCCCUGCGUAGAAUGGGCUGCAAGUUUACGGGCUGGCCAGAGGUCAUCCUCAAAGUCUUCAAAGUGGACGUGACCGAGGACACUGAAUCUGUUCACCCCCUUUCCCUCUGCCAUUGCUGCUGGAAGGUUGCCAUACGAGGAGGCGGUGUCUGCAGCCUCUCCAGAACAAGAGUUCCCGAGUGGAAACCCCACUCCUCCCUCUGCCACCUUUGCUCCCCCAAGAAAUGUUCAUUCCAGCGGACUGGGAGGAAGAGGAGGAGGAAGACCAUUCCCAGAGCCCAGAGCCUGGCUAAAAGGAGCAGGUGGGAGCACGUCGACCAUAUUGCUGUUGGAGAGAGGAGGAUUCUGGGAUCAGUCGGAGACCGUCAUCAUGGCCCUGUGCUCAGGGGCUGGAGGAAACCCAGCAUCCAGAGAGAGCAAUGGGUGAGGAACAUCACCCGCUGCCAGAAAGACCACCUGAGCACUAAGCUGAUCUCCGAGAAGCUCCCUGUGGACUUCCUGUUUUCUUUUGCCUGCCUGGUGUGUGACCACCUGCUCUUUGAUCCGGUUCAGUCUCCCUGUGGACACCUCUUCUGCCGCAGUUGUAUUAUCAAAUAUAACCACGUUCUGGGACCUCAGUGCCCCGCCUGCAACUUGCCCUGUGCCCCUGCUGAGCUCACCCCGCCUGCCAAAGCCUUUUUAUCAGCUCUGCAUUCUCUGCCUCUGCUUUGCCCCAGAGGUGGCUGUGGCGAGCAUGUAAGGCUAGACUCAUUUAAAACUCACUGUCUGGACCAUGAGCUGAAUGAGAAGGAUGCAAACAAGCAGUCAUCAGAACUUAAUAAAUACCUGCUCGCCAAUAAAGGCGGAAGGCCCCGUCAACACUUGCUGUCACUGACUCGUCGUGCUCAGAAGCAUCGGCUGAGGGAUCUGAAGAACCAGGUGAGGGUGUUUGCAGACAAAGAGGAAGGUGGCGACCUGAAGUCUGUGUGUCUAACCCUGUUCCUGCUUGCACUGAGAUCUGGAAAUGAACACCGGCAAGCAGAUGAGCUUGAGGCCCUGAUGCAAGGCAGAGGUUUUGGGUUGCAUCCUGCAGUCUGCUUGGCUAUUCGGGUGAACACUUUCCUGAGCUGCAGCCAGUAUCACAAGAUGUACAGGACUGUCAAAGCUACCAGUGGCCGCCAGAUCUUUCAGCCCCUGCACAGCCUCCGUGCCGCAGAGAAGGAGCUUCUCCCCGGCUUUCACCAGUUUGAAUGGCAGCCAGCUCUAAAAAAUGUGUCUACAUCUUGGAAUGUUGGCAUCAUUAAUGGGCUCUCGGGAUGGGCUUCCUCAGUGGAUGACUCCCUAGCUGAGACCAUCACUCGGCGGUUUCGCUAUGAUGUGGCACUGGUGUCGGCAUUAAAGGAUAUGGAGGAGGACAUCAUGGAGGGGCUGAGGGACAUUGGGAUGGAAGACAGUGCUUGCACCUCUGGUUUUAGUGUCAUGAUCAAGGAAUGUUGUGACGGCAUGGGCGAUGUCAGCGAGAAGCACGGCGGAGGACCAGCUGUUCCUGAGAAGGCUGUGCGUUUCUCGUUCACUGUUAUGUCUGUCUCUGUCCUGGCCGAUGAUGAUGGGGGGGAGGUCACCAUCUUCACAGAGCCUAAGCCAAACUCAGAACUGUCCUGCAAACCCCUUUGCCUGAUGUUUGUGGAUGAGUCAGACCAUGAGACACUCACAGCUGUGCUGGGGCCCAUAGUUGCAGAGCGCAAAGCAAUGAAAGAGAGUAGGCUCAUCCUUUCCAUUGGUGGUCUUCCUCGCUUUUUUCGCUUCCACUUCAGAGGCACGGGAUACGAUGAGAAGAUGGUACGAGAGAUGGAAGGCCUCGAGGCCUCGGGGUCUACUUAUGUCUGCACUCUGUGUGACUCCACUCGUGCAGAGGCAUCUCAGAACAUGGUGCUACACUCGGUCACCCGGUGUCAUGAAGAAAACCUUGACCGUUAUGAAAUAUGGAGAACCAACCCCUUCUCUGAGUCUGUAGAUGAGCUACGAGACAGAGUCAAAGGUGUCUCUGCCAAGCCCUUCCUGGAGACUCAGCCCACCUUAGAUGCAUUACACUGUGAAAUUGGCAAUGCCACUGAGUUCUACAAAAUCUUCCAGGACGAGAUUGGGGAGUUGUACCAGAAGGUCAACCCCAGCCGGGAGGAACGGCGCAGCUGGAGGGCAGCCCUAGAUAAACAGCUGAGGCAGAAGUUGAAGCUUAAACCGGUAAUGAGGAUGAAUGGGAACUAUGCACGCAGGUUAAUGACCCUGGAGACCGUGGAGGUGGUGUGUGACCUGGUGCCCUCAGAGGAGAGGAGGGAGGCCCUGAGGGAGCUUAUGAGGCUCUACCUCCAGAUGAAGCCCGUGUGGCGCGCCACCUGCCCAGCCAAGGAAUGCCCUGACCAGGUGUGCCGCUACAGCUUCAACUCCCAGCACUUUGCCGACCUUCUCUCCUCCACCUUCAAAUAUAGGUACAACGGAAAGAUAACCAAUUACCUUCACAAGACCCUCGCCCAUGUGCCCGAAAUCAUAGAGAAAGAAGGAUCUAUAGGAGCCUGGGCCAGUGAGGGAAAUGAGUCAGCAAACAAGCUGUUCAGGCGUUUCCGUAAGAUGAAUGCACGCCAGUCGAAGGUCUUUGAGCUGGAGGACGUGUUGAAACAUCACUGGCUCUACACCUCCAAGUACUUGCAAAAGUUUAUGGAGGCCCACAAGGACUCGGCCAAAGCUCUGCAAGCUUCCAUUGACCCAGUAGAGAUGCCGGAUGAUGAGAACAUGUCCGUGGAAGUUAAUGCUGUUUGAUUUGUCUUUUAUCGUAACCCCCAAGUAUUGGCAUUCUAUUGAUUUGUGAGAGUUGUAUAAUCUGUUAAUCGCCUCUAUCAUUAUUAUCAAUUUGGAAUUGACUUUAUUUUAUUUUCUAGAUUUUUCAGAAAAUACAUUUUCAUUGAAUAAAAUUUGAAAUUGAAUAGAGUCAUUUACAGAACAUCAUGGAAAGAAAUGAUAUUCUCACUUCCCACUUUUAAAGGUGUCUUUUACUUAUUAUGAAUGUUUUGAUUUUCGUUAUUUUUGAAAGGUAUUGCCUACUUUCCUUGCCGUUGGUUUGUUAGCAAAGAUGGAGCAUCAGCGGACUAUAGAAAUAACACAGGUUUCUUUUUGCUCGCUUUGAGCAGGAAACGUCUUGUCUUUAUCCUCACUGUCUGUGAAACAUGGUUCCGUUUAUUGUAUUUCACGGGUAUGAUACAUUAUGAAUUUAUAUGGUAAGGAUAUUUAUGGAAACAGAUGAAAGUGCUGUAAGUCAUGGAGGGGAAUUGUGUUAAAAAGACCACAUUUGUGGCCACUGUAUUAAUAUAUCAUUUGAGCUGGAGCACAAUGCAAUCACAGAGACCCAAAUGUUCUUUGUUUCAUGAGUGCCCUCUGAAAAAGAUUACUUUAGUGCUUUAUCAUGGGAUCCCGGAGGGGCGGAAUAGAUGCCAGGUCACUUUGAACCAAUUUUUUAUCUCUUAGCUUUCGCACAGAGGAGGACAGAUAAUACUUAAACGAAUUCUUCCCAUAAAAUAAAGCAUAUACUGACCUUUUUGUUGAUAUCAUAAAAAUACAGUACGGUCCAUUACAGAGCCUAAUACCCCAUGGAUUCUCUAGCAGGCAGGGAUUUUUCUUGAAUUUGGUUCAUAACCUGUCUCUUUUUUUUUCUGCUGAUAUUUCUUCUUUGCCACGGUUGACAGAGGAGAGGGAUGUGCUGGAGCCAGAGGAACCUGAUUUAAACUGAUUUGUUGGCAACUUUAUUUGUUUGAUUGAUUGAUUAUAUUGUCUUUUUCUGCCCUCACCAUUUGGAAUUGUGACAGGCAAUUUUGUUUUCUUAUUUGAUUGAAUGUUUUAUUUUAUUUUACUGUCCUAGGUUUAACCGAGUGACAGCUGUGAAAUAUUCACAUCUCAUUGGAUAGUUGUCAGACUUGUACUGUAGCAUCAUAUUUUGACUGAAUUAUAUUGCCACUUGUCACAUAUUUGCUUUUGGCUGUAAUGAAUUGUAUUUCUAAAGUAGCGGAUGAUGGAUGAUACAUAAAGUUCUGUGUGUUCACUUUUUGCCAUGUGCUUCAUUUUGUUUUUCCAUACUACACUAAAUAUCAGUACUGUUUUCUGGGGUUGCAGAACUUUUUCAGUGGAGGUUUAUUUUACAUAAUGGUUCAGUGUUACACUGAUGGUCCACUACUUUUUCCAUAUGUGUUUGGUUUUAGAGUCUGUACUGUAUUCACAUAUUGUAGUAGUAUUGUAAUAUUUUCACUGAACCACACAAUUUACCAUCCUUUUUGAUGAAUCACCAUUGUGGAGGAGUUUUUCUUUUUAAUUACUCCUUUAUCUUUUAUUCUGUUUGUCCAACAAAAAUAAAUAAAGACAUGAUGUGAA